AUGGCUGCUAGCAUCACUACGGUUUGGGACAAUGGAGAUAGCACUGAAGUAGCUCGUGUCGAUGAUCAAGGAAGCGACCGGCCUGCUUCCAGUGCCAGAGCAUCAGCGAAAAGCCGGGCAGCACCAAAGACAAAAGGUCAGGCCAAGCGUGCAGCAAGAGGCCAAGCUGCCGUGCUUAGCACCUCCUUUACUUCAUGGAAAGACAAUCACCUACGGGAUUGCAUGGAACAUUCCGAGAAGGACCUGGCAUCAAAGGACAAAACCUCAGAGCUGUCAAGCAAGUCCUUGCGGCUGGCUUUUUACGGUAUGUUUCGCAAAGCUCCCAAUGGCAGUUUGGAUACGUUCGUGAAGGCAGAUUUGAUGGAAGGUUUGAAGAAUGACUAUGAUGCCUUGAAUCAACCAUUGCAGAAGGAUCAGAAGCAUUGGUGCAUGUCAUUUUUUCAGACAGUUGCCACUACUGGCAAGAAGAGCAGCAAUGUGGUGGCUGCACCUGAUUUGAACCUUGACAAUGCCAAAGAGAAGUCGCUGACAUCGGGGCCAGGACCAACUUUGAUGCCAGGCACAAACACUGACAACAGCUUGGUUCAUGUUCCUCCUGGUGGCGCCAUUCAGCAGAAGCGUUCAGCAUCACCUUCUAGCCCUACACCUUUUCCAAAGAAGAAGCGUGUGGCAGUUUGCAAAUGCAAGCUUCGUCGUGAGAAGUGCGAUGUGUGCAACAGUGGCUUCAUUGAGGUUGUCAUGAAAGGGGACCAACCUGAGUUCAUGGAGGUCAUGUUGACUGAGAAACGAGUUCCGGUGUGCAGUUGCAUGGAGGAGCGGACACAUUGCGAUGCUUGCAAGAACGGGUUCAUUCAGGCAGUGGAAAAAGGAGAUAACCCAACUUUCAAGACGGUCAUUGUAGAAGAACCGAUUCAACCUGAUCCCCCAGCCACUCCAGCACUUGGUGAGCCAGCCGUGGAGAAGAAGACUGCGUCAGCAGCAGAUGGCAGACCUGAAGCCAAGCCUAAAGAUGAUCCUACUCAUGGCACUGGUGGCAAGGCUGAGCCAAAACCGAGUGAACCUGAACAACAGAAAGGCGUGGUGUACAAGAGUGAUGCACUGGACCCCAUUUGGGGGAAUCCAGUAUGGUUUGCUCCAAGUGACGCUGGGUCACCAGAUCCAGCACUGCUAGAGAAGAAGAUUGCGGAGCUGAACUACCCUGACUUGAAGCCACUAGUGUGGACCAAGGAUCCAAAACCUUUGGUGGUCGCAGUCGAUGGUCCCAACCAAGAUGACCCCAACACUGGCCCUGCAGAUGAUGAUGACGAGGAGCAAUCAGGUGCAAGCAAUGCCUCCAAUGAUAGCGAUGAAGAGCAUGAUCAGGAUGUGCAUGAUGCAUCCAUGGCAUGGCUGCAAACCAUCUUGAAGGCUUUUGGAAUGAUGCAUGAUGCAGCUGUCCUUCAAUCCUUUGGGAUAACGACCGAUUGCAGUGGCCCUCCAAUUUGUGUUGAAGAUUUGGACGAGUCUGGACAAUCAUGGGUCAUGGCUGAGAAGAAGCUCCUCCAUGACUUCUGGGUCCUCAUUGUUGAGAUCAGUGCAGCCAGGUGCUGGAGCCAGUCACUGUUCUCAGACUGCCCGCCAAACUGUUUCCCAGCAGUUUUGCAUGGAAGCCCGCAAGUUGCCCAAAGUCAUGUGGACUACCAGAAGAGGUUGUGGCGUGCAAUCAUUGCAGCUGAGUCGCACGUUCGUGAUUCCAAGGUUGCCAAGCGAUCCAGGCAGUCAGUGCAGGAGAUUCUCAAUGACCUCGCCUGGAGCAACUUGCAGUUGGCACGAGAACUGUGCUUGAUUUGCAGCAUUGGUGGUUGGAAUGCAAAUCAUGAGAUCAUUCAGGAGGUGGCUCUAGCCAUGACAGGGUGCCCACAAAACACCAAGUAUGACUUGGAGGAUGGGUUUGCUCAUUUAUCGAGUUUGAGCAAGCUUUCUAACCUGAGCACUGCCAUGAACAAGUCACUGGAGCUUAGCUCAACAGACUUUGAACUUGAUGUUCCCAUUGCCUUGCAAGACUUCAUCGUUGUUCUGCGUCAAUGCGGAGACGAAGAACCACUUGUUGUUGCUGGCUUGAAAUCAGGUGUUGCUUUGAAUAUGACGCAUUUGCGCCUGCUUCAUGCUCACUACAAGUUUGCCUUGCCUAGCAAGGGGAAAGGCAGUGGCAAAAAUGGCAACGUUAUCAAGAUCGACUUUGUGAAGGCCCUACUGGAGUGUUUAUUCCCUGACAUGACGGAGGAGCAGAAGCAGGACCUGAUAGAUGGAAUGAUGGGCAAAAAAAUGCGACAUGUCCAGAGAGAAGCUGGCAAGCACAGCAAAUCAAUCGUAGCUGCCUUCAAUGGUUUGGAGCAGCAAGAUUUGAAGGAGUUUGCAAAGCUGACUGAGGUUGCAUUGGAUGAGUUGCAACUUGAGAAUGCUCGGGAUCGACAAAACAGGUCUUCUCCAGUGGCAACAGCUUCACAGCAGCAUGAGACCCCGGCAGUCCUUGCUACACUGUGUCCACCAGUGAAGGGCACACUGAUCUCAAGGCAUCCCAAAUUGAUGCGGUAUCAGGCAUUUUAUUUGUCAAUGCCAACCAAGGAACGAAACAGCAACUACUUUGCCUUCUGGCCGGACGGCGGCUGCUUGAUCACCGGCACCGACUCGCAGCGGGUCAUGGCCGAGAGCUACGAGGUGAUCUCAGGCCACAGCGAAGUGGCUUCGGUGACCGCCGCGCCAGAGACGAUGGCGCACAUGGCAGAGAUCGAGAUCCCCAUCUUCGGCUUGGACGUGGGACAACUCGCCGCCAAUGACCAGCACCUCUUGGAGGGGCGGUCGCUGGGCGACAGGUAUGCGGAGGCCAUCGCGAAGACGCUCGCGCUGCCGGUGUCGGAGAUCAAGGAAGGUCCAGAUCAAAACGACUUGGACGCACAGGUGCACUUGAGCCCUGGGGUGGGAGGAGGUUGUAUCCUCACCGCCUGGACGCCCAACGAGCCUGUGAGCAGUCGGGCGCCCACAGUCGCCAGAAGUCACGCCAAACGAAUGCAGAACCAAUGA